AUGUCUUCUUCCGAUGAAGAUGUGGUACGCCGGCCAGGAAGAACCACGGCUGCUGAUCGAGCCGAGAGCCCUGUCGGUAGCGAACACAGCAACACUCCCGCUGCGCGCGAUCCGAGUACCUUCGGAUCGGAUGCGGGAAACAUGAAUGGGGACGACGACGCUGACCUGUUUGGAUCUGACGGGUCGGAAGGGGGGUUUGGCAAUGAGGAGAAUCGACAAAGGACACUCGACGACGAGGAGUUAGAUUCGGGAGACGACAUUGAUCGCUACGACAGAGCCGGAGAUCGCAUGGAUGAGGAUGGCGUGGAAGGGGAUUACCAGGAAACUGUGAACAUUAUGGACCUGAGUUUAGGCCGGGCGCCUGAGCCAGUGACUUCAAAUGGUGAGGUCUAUACAAUGCCAGUGCCAAAUUUCUUGUCGAUAGAGACAGAGGAAUUCGACCCGGAGACGUACGUCGCGCCUCCAUUCACUACUGCGGCGACUUCCCUGUGCUGGCGGCAUGACCCGAACGACGAAUCUCUUUUGCAAUCAAACGCUAGAAUUAUCCGGUGGGAAGACGGUUCUUUAACACUCCAGCUUGCGUCGGCACCCAAGGAGCAGUACAGAAUAUCCACCAAGCCCCUGGCACCCACAAACAAGGCAGGCGAAUACGAUACAAAACUGGAUUCACAUGUCUACUUGGGAGCAGCCGCAGAGACGUCGUCGGUUUUCCGACUGACCUCACAUCUAACCCAUGGCCUCACUGUUCUUCCUACGACCGUGGAGACUGACGAUGCGGUGCAGCGUCUGCAAGAAUCUCUGGCUGCGGCUGCGCGAGGUAGCAAGAAGACAGCGGAUGGAUCGGCGCCAGUUAUCGAGGUUAAGGAGGACCCUGAACUGGCCAAGCGACAGGCCGAAAUGGCGGAGCGGGAGAAACUCAAGGCUGCACGUCGCCGUCAGCAGCUCGCAGAGCGUGAACUCGACCGUGGUCGUCGUGUCGGCUUCUCCCACCGCUCAGGUGGUGCUGGUCUGACCGUAGGUGGUCUAGAAGAUGACGACGGCCUACUCGCUACGCGACCCCGCGCACGCAAGCCUCGCAAACCCAAUCGUCGUGGUGAAAUUUAUACCGAUGACGAAGAAGAUUACGAUCGUCGCGGACGCACGAGGGAAGAUGAGUACGACGAAGACGAUGGCUUCCUUGUUGGCAGUGACGAAGAGCCUGAGAUUAUUGAAGAUGAUGAGGACGAGGAGAUCCUCGAGGAUGACGAGAUGGACGCGGAAGGCGAAGAGGAGGAGGAUGUCCCUGCCCAGAGACCCGCCAAAGAAAAGCGGCCGGCACCAGAGCGACCUGUUUCGGAAGCAGGAGCAUCCGGAACGCCACCGGUGAGGAAGAAGAAUCGCUACAUCGUUGAUGAUGACGAUGAGGACGAAUAA